AUGCCUCUCCCCCGGAAGUUGGUUCGAGGCCAGGACGUCUGGCUGGGGAAGGGGGCGGAACAGACCAGGCAGAUCCUCAAGUGCAUGUGGUGUGGUCAGAGCUUCAAAAGCUUGGCAGACAUGACCACCCACAUGCAGCAGACUCAGCAUUACACCAACAUCAUUUCUCAGGAACAAAUCAUUUCCUGGAAGUCUCCCGAGGAGAAAUCUUCGAAUCAGAGUCAUGUGAAUGCCGUGCUGACUUGCAAAGUCUGUAACCAGGGGUUCUCUUCCUUGAAGGAACUCUCGAAUCACAUGGUGAAGAAUGCUCACUACAAAGAGCAUAUCAUGCGGUCCAUCUCGGAAUCUGGGUCCAAGAGAAGGCAAGCCCGAGAGAAGCGCAAGAAGUCCCUCCCGGUUCGAAAGCUGCUGGAACUCGAGAGAGCUCAGAGCGAUUUCCGCGGCGGCGGCGGCCAUGGCCAUUCGCCUUCGCCUCUCAUUACUCAACCCGGCAAUAAAAUUACCUGUGAAAAAUGCGGCUUGAAGGUAGAAGCAAUCGAUUUCAUGGGGCACAUCAGAACCUGCGAAGGGGAACAGAAACGACUUCUCAAAUCGGCUCUCUUGAGCUCGAAUUCAGACGAAGUGAGAGGCGGGAGCAACGGGACGCCCAAGUCCGAUAAGGACCUCGAGAAAGAGGAAGCGAUGGGAAGCCCAGAAAAAGAGAGCAGCUGCGAGACGGAAGCGACCAAAGAGAAGCACUCCCGGAACCCAUCCGUGCUGAACGCCAUCGAGAAGCUGAUCGAGAAGAGCUUCGACGCGAACACGAAGAAGUCGAGCAGUGGGACGCCGCUCGGCGCCAACAUCCUCAGGAGGCUCGGCAUCGACGAGAACGUGGACUACAGCAAGCCCCUCAUAGACAGUUCGGGUGUCCUGAGUGAGUCGAGUUCCAGGGAAAGGACUCCCAGCGAAUCCAGCAGUACUUCGGAGAAACCAAAGAGAUGUGAAGACAGUGGUGGUGCCAAAGACUCUUCCCCGUUGCCAGAGCCCGAGGACAUGGCGACAUCCGGUGAUGAUGCAAAAGACAUUUCGAUCUCAGCGAGUAGCCCAGCUAGUCACAGGAGUGACAACGAUCACGCGAGAGGGAACGAGUGCUCGAGCGACGGAAGGAGCUCGGCGAGCCCCAUGCCAUCGGGAACGGCCACGCACUCGGAAUCCGCGCACCCGCUGGCGGCCCUGCAGAAACUCUGCGACAAGACCGAGACCCACAUGAGCAAGCCGGCCGCGAGCGGCGGGAACGCGGUGGCCAACAGCGGGGCGGCCGGCCUCCCCGGCGCCAUCCUCGCCUUCAGCUGGGCCUGCAACGAAGCCGUCGUCAACAACGAUUCCAUCAUGAAGUGCGCGUUCUGUGAUACCCCGUUCAUCUCCAAAGGUGCAUAUCGUCAUCACUUAUCCAAGAUGCACUUCGUCAAGGACGGCUCCAUCCCCGACGCGUUGAGCAUCAAGGCGCAACAAUCAACCAAAGGCAGCAAAUCCCCGACAGGUCUCGACGAGAGCCCCCAUGCGAAAUUCCUCAAAUACUCCGAAAUGGCCAAACAGCUGUCGAGUAAAUACGUUUGA